AUGGCCUCCCUCCGUACCACCUCGCGAUUGUUCGCGGCAUCGCGGCCAAUGUUCCGCCCUGCCUUCGCUCGCACCUAUGCGACCGUCGAGCCUACUCCCUCCGAGCAGCCUAAGAUGAAGACCUUCAAGGUCUACCGCUGGAACCCGGACACACCCAGCGAGAAGCCCCAGAUGCAGUCCUACGACCUCGACCUGAACAAGACUGGACCCAUGAUGCUCGAUGCGCUCAUUCGGAUAAAGAACGAACUCGACCCUACCCUGACUUUCCGGAGAUCUUGCCGUGAGGGUAUCUGCGGUUCUUGCGCUAUGAACAUCGACGGUGUUAACACUCUUGCCUGCUUGUGCCGCAUUCCCACCGAUACCAAGUCCGAGUCUCGCAUCUACCCUUUGCCUCACACUUACGUCGUCAAGGACUUGGUCCCUGAUAUGACCCACUUCUACAAGCAAUACAAGUCUAUCAAGCCAUAUCUCCAGCGCGACACCCCCACCGAAGAUGGUCUCGAAUUCCGCCAAUCCCCCGAGGAUCGCAAGAAGCUCGACGGUCUCUACGAAUGCAUUCUGUGCGCCUGCUGCUCAACCUCCUGCCCUUCCUACUGGUGGAACAGCGAGGAGUACCUUGGACCCGCUAUCCUCCUCCAGUCCUUCCGUUGGUUGGCCGAUUCCCGUGACGAGAAGACCGCCGAGCGCAAGGCCGCUCUCGACAACAGCAUGAGCGUCUACCGUUGCCACACCAUUCUCAACUGCACACGGACUUGCCCCAAGGGCCUGAACCCAGGUCGCGCCAUUGCCGAGAUCAAGAAGAUGUUGGCCGUCUAGAUUUGUGGAUAUAAAACGGAGUACCGCGGAAUUUUCUUUUUCUGUCCAAUGCCUUUCCAGUCGCCUUUCCUCUGUUUCUCUAUUUCCUAUUUUCGUUUUACUUUUUUUCCGACUAUUCCACG